ACACUACACAGCAAGGAUUCGGAGUUCGCAGUUAGGCCUGUUCGCACUAUUGUUGUGAGUAAUGUUAUAAUUAAUAACACAAUCGUUAGAAUAUCGAACUAUUAAGUAAAUCGUAUGUAAAGUUUUUGUUGAAAUACAUAAAAAUAAUUAUUAUUAAGUGAUAAUUCGUAUACUCUAAAAAGAAGGAAAUAUCUUUAUCAUAAUUGAGUUUUUGAGAUGUUUCAAAAAUGUUGAAAGAAAGCAACAAAGCCAUGAAAGGACCGGAAAAAGUAGAUGAAUUUUUACUUUCUCUGUUUAAAUCGCUAGAAAAACAAAAAUCAAAAGAAGAUCGCAGAUCUAUUGAGAAAAAAGUGGUAGUAAGAAGAUUACCUCCAUCCAUGACGGAAGAACGGUUUCUAAAUGAAGUUUCUCCUCUACCUGAAAAUAACUAUAUUUAUUUUGUACCCGGUGAUCUGCAAGCCACACCUUUUCAUCAUUCAAGAGUUUAUAUUAAUUUUUUGAAAGAAGAAGAUAUGUAUAUGUUUACAGAUAAAUUUGAUGGCUAUGUUUUUGUGGAUGAUACGGGUGAUGAAUACCCUGCAAUUGUUGAAUUGGCUCCAUAUCAGAGAGUUCCUAAAAAAAAACUGGAUAAAGAUCCAAACUGGGGUAAAAUACAUGAAAAUCCAGUUUUUUUGGAAUUUAAACAUAACUUUGAGCAAAAGACCAUUGACACUACUCUGAAAACUACACAACACUUUUUUGAAUCUGUUGAAGAUAAAUCUGAAGAGCAAGAUUUAAGUACACCAUUAUUAGAAUAUUUGGCUAAACAAAAUGAUCGGCAACGAUUACGUGUUAGUCAUAGAGAUGAACGACGUAAAAAAGUUUUUAGUAAGAAAAAAGAAAAAGAAGAAAUUCGACGAAUUAAAAAAGAGGAACGUGAAAUUGUAAUUAAACAGAAACCGAUUGUGAAGCCCAUCAUAGUCAGUAAAAAAAUAAUUGAUGAAAAACCAUUAAAAGACACCAAAAAAAUUAUUAAAAGUCAUAGAGAAAACGCGUGUGAUGAAGAAGAUAAAAAAAAGAGUACUGAAGAUUGUCACCAUAAGAAAAAUGAGUUUAAUCCUAAAGGAGAGGAAGUGAAAAAAAUUGAAUUUAAUGUGAAAAGUAUUUCAAAAUUAAAUGAAUUUAAAAAAAACAUUGAUGAUGAUUUAAAAGAAGAUGUUUUUACAAGAGCUGAUAAAAAUCAUGAAUACUAUAAAGAUAAAAGUGAAUAUGAAUCUAAAAAGAAAACCUCAACAUUAAAAAAUGAAUACUUUGAAAAUAAAAACAUUGGAACGUCCAGGUAUAACAAACAUCGAGAUGAACAAAAUCAUGGUGAAACUAAAGAUAUUGAAUGUACAAAACAAAACAGAUCUGAUGUAGAUAAAAAAUCUGCUAUUAAUAAACGUGUAGACAACCGACGACAUGAAUCCAAAAUUGAUCGUCGUAUUAGAAAUAAAGACCGUCCAGCUAUAGAAAUAUAUAGGCCAGGUAUGGGUCGAUUGAGCAAGCUUAAAGCUGAUAAUGAAGUUGCUGAUUCAGAAUCAAAGAACUAAUUUGUUUUUCCCUGUAAAAAAAUGUUAUUCUAGGUAACAUUUUUUUUUUUUUUUUGAACACUUGUAAAUAACUGUUUUGGAGCACUUUACCUUUAACAAUAACACGAUUUUAUUUUUGUAAUACAUUGAGGUUGAGGUGUUUAAAAGAUUUU